UAAGCGGGAGUUGGAUCCCUGACCAUUGCCCAACCUCCGUGAGUAACUCCGGAGGCACUCGAGGGGGUGGUGGCUGGGAGGGACUUGCGCUGCAGACCGUGUGGAACUCGGGAUCCAGGAAGCCAGAAGCUUCUCCACCCGGAGAACUGGGACAUGAGACACUUCUCUCCAGCGCGGGGCCCAGGAAAGGCCAAGAAGAAGAAGGACUUACGGAUAUCCUGUGUGUCCAAGCCGCCCGCGCCCAACCCCACCCCCCCUAGGAACCUGGACUCCCGGACCUUCAUCACCAUUGGAGACAGGAACUUUGAGGUGGAGGCCGAUGACCUGGUGACCAUCUCGGAGCUCGGGCGUGGAGCCUAUGGGGUGGUGGAGAAGGUGCGGCACGCCCAGAGCGGCACCAUCAUGGCUGUGAAGCGGAUCCGGGCCACCGUGAACUCCCAGGAGCAGAAACGCCUGCUCAUGGACUUGGACGUGAACAUGCGCACGGUCGACUGCUUCUACACCGUCACCUUCUACGGGGCCCUCUUCCGAGAGGUGGGCCUUGGCAGGAGUGAGGGAGGGGGGUGCUAGGCUAGGGGCUAGCAGCUCAGACACCCUGUCUUCCCUCUGUCACACACUUGCCCCCAGGCCCCAGCCUGAAGCCACUUCCGGUCAUUCUGGGCCCCAGCAGACACUUGCUGAGUGCCCCUGAGUGCCGGGCGCUGGGCACAGGAGUGAACGGGCCCUGCCUAUCUGUGGACAGCAGGGCAGGGCUCUGGAGAGCGCAGGCCUCAGAGCCAGACGCCUGUCUUCUUUGCUUCCUGCUUCAGUUUCCUUGUCUAUGAAAUGAGACCAGUAAUUGUACCCACCUCACAAGGUUGUCAUGAUGAAAUGGUGUGGCCGGGGGCCUGGCGUUCAGUGCAUGUGCCACCAGGUGGUGUGACCACCUGCCUGAGCAG